AACGACUCAACUUGUCUCGGCGACCUUUCCAACAACUCAUCUCAAUCCUUGUUCAUUCUUCAUCUCUAUAAAACACAUACAUGCUUACUUAAAAUGAACACUUUCUCUUAGAUUCCUCAACUCAAAAUGGCUUUCAUAGCAGACGCAGCUCUAGGCACAGGCAUAAGCGAGCUCCUCAAAGUCGCCAUAGCCGUCGCGAAACAAACCUUAGCUUUCAAAACCAAUCUCAAAUCCCUAGUCAAAACCCUUCAAUCAGUCAAACCCAUCUUCCACGAAAUCGAGAAGCUCCACAAGGUUCUUGAUCGGCCACAAGACGAGACUGAUCGCUUCAUCGAGCAGCUGCGCAGCGGAGUCGAACUCGUGGACAAGUGCAGCACAAUUCCGUGCUGGAACAAGUACAAACAGUACAUUUACUCGAACAAAUUAGUUAAAUUAGAUAAAGAUGUAGUCAAGUUUUUUCAAAUAGAAGCUCAGGGGUUAGCGGCUGUGAAUAGUUUGAGGAGUGUGGUUGGGAUUCAGGAUAGUAAUGAUAAGCUGGACUUGAUUCUUAAGUAUUUGAAUAUUAGUGAUUCGGGGUUUUCGUUCUGGGGAAGUGUCCCCGGGGUUCCUGAUGGGGUGGUUGGGUUUGAGCGGCCUUUGAAAGAGUUGAAGGAGAUGUUGUUGAGAGAUGAGGAGAAGGUUAAAGUGGUUUCUGCUCCUGGAGGAUGUGGGAAGACCACUUUGGUGAAAAUGCUCUGUCAUGAUCCUGAUAUCGAAAAUAUAUUUGGCAAGAACAUACUGGUUGUGACUAUUUCAAAAUCAGCCAACAUCACUGUGAUUGUUGAGAAGAUAUUCAAAUGCCGAAUGCCUGACAAUAAACUGCCAGACUUCCAAAAUGAUGAUGAUGCAAUCAAUCACCUGGAAUACUUGUUGAAGCAAAUAGGUCCAAGUCCUAUACUAUUAGUGUUGGAUGAUGUAUGGCCUAAUUGGGUAUCUCUUAUCGAUGACUUGACCUUCUCAUUACCAAAUUAUAAGAUCCUAGUCACUUCUAGAUUCUCUUUUCAAAGAUUUGAACCUGUAUAUAAUCUUAAGAUUCUAAAUGAUAAAGAUGCCAUGACUCUUUUCCGCCGUUGUGCGUUUCCAAAAGAUGGGAAUUCUAAGAUUCCAGAAGAUCUUGUGGAAAAGACUGUGAAAGGUUGCAAAGGAUUUCCUUUGGCCCUUACAGUGGUUGGACGGUCACUUUAUGGGCAUCCAGAGGUGACAUGGAGACUUAAACAAAGAAAAUGGUCUGAUGGUAAAUCUAUUUUGGACACCGAGAGAGAAUUGCUUGAUUGUCUCCAAACUAGUUUAGAUGCCUUGGAUGAGAUGAAUGAGAGUUCAAUAAAGGAUUGCUGCCUGGACUUGGGAUCAUUUCCCGAGGAUCAAAGAAUUCCAGCCACCACUCUCUUGGAUAUGUGGGCAGAACUGUACAACCUUGAUGAUAAAGACAUGGAUAGCUUCAGCAAUCUCGUUGAACUAGCAUUCAGAAAUCUAGUUAAUCUUUUCUGCACAAGCCAUAAAGGAAAUGAGGUUGACGGCUAUUGCAAUGAAAAUUACGUCAUGCAGCAUGAUCUGAUUAGGGAUUUAACCAUCCACCAGAGUAACAGAGAACCGAUAGAGCAGAGAAAAAGGUUGAUUAUAGAGAUAACAGGGAAUGACUUUCCUAAGUGGUGGACUGAAGGAGCAGGCCUACCAAUCCAUGCACGCCUCUUGUCGAUUUCCACAGAUAAAAAUUUCUCCUCAAGCUGGCUUCCCUUGAAACUCCCUGCAGCCGAAGUUGUGAUACUUAACUGCAGUUCAGGUCUGUACACCAUACCACAGUUUAUUGGGAGUAUGGAUAAACUGAAGGUUCUCAUUGUCACAAAUUAUGGGUCUUCCUUCUCUAAGCUAGACAACUUUUAUUGUCUUGGAAGUUUACCCAUUCUAAGGCGAAUCAGAUUAGAACGAGUUUCAUUAUCUUCCCUCAGCACGUCCUCAAUCGAGUUGGUGAACCUGCAGAAGAUAACUUUUACUAUGUGUGAGAUCGGCGAGGCAUUUGAGAAUGGUACUAUGGACCUCCCUCGCAUCUUCCCUAAUCUUCUGGAACUUGAGAUUGACUGUUGUGAUGACUUGAUGAAAUUGCAUGUUGGAAUCUGUAAUGUUGUCAGUCUUAAGAAGAUCAGCAUAACUUACUGCAAUGAGCUAUCUUCACUUCCAGAGGAGAUCGGCAGGCUCAGAAAUCUAGAAGUUUUGAGGCUCAAUUCUUGUACAAAGCUAUUAGAGUUACCAGAGUCAAUUGGAAACCUCCAAAAAUUAACAGUUCUUGAUAUAUCUGAUUGUUUAAGCAUAAGUAAUUUGCCAAGAACAGUAGGCGAGUUGUGUGCUUUAAAAAAGUUUCACAUGAGAGGCUGCCAAGGAUUGGCAGACCUACAUAAGCUUCCCUCAUCCGUAAAAGAUCUGACGCUAUUAGAGAAGGUGAUAUGUGAUGAAGAAGCCAGUCAUCUAUGGAAAACAUAUCGAAGCCAUUUGAAAAAUCUGGUAGUCGAAGAGGUAAAGGAAGAUGCAUUUGAAAGCCUUAUGAGGGUCAUCUCACCAAUUCAGCAUUGUUGACACAGCAAAAGAAUGUGGUACAGCGUCUAGAUUUCUGAAACCAGAAGUUCUGAUUGUAUACUACUGGCAAGUGUAGGUUCAGUUUUCAUUGUUAUUGAUAAAUAUGUGUAAAUUCUACAUAGUAUCAAUGCUAAACUGUAAAUCAGUAGCUCUGGAACAGCAUGACUAAUACCCCAUUUGCGAAAUAGAAUGUACUGGAGAACCUGCAGUACAACGAUCUGACAUUGUAUAUAGAAUGUAGUAAAAUGUCAUUCAGAAUAAUCUCCAGGUUUCCAGAUGCUAUUGUAUUUAAUUAAAGUUGGUUCUCUUAUAUUGGGACA